AUGGGCUACGUCCAGCGUUCCAGCGACCCGCAUCUCAAGCCCGUCCAGGGCAUCUACGAGGACCGGCUGCGUCAAUUCAUCGACGACGGCGGAAACUACAAAGAGCUGAAUCUCCCCAAGUUUUACGACAAAGCGCGCGUUUCGCUCGACCAAAACCAUGUCAAAGUGCAAUGGUACCAGGUGGCUUUCGACAAGGGCUCGUCGCCCGUGUCGCCCGACAAGAGACCGCCCUGGGACGAGAUUGUGAGGCGGGACAAAAACCACGAGCUGGAGUUCCGGGACGCGUGGAAAGGCCAGCCAUUCGGGCCCAGUUGGUCCACCACCUGGUUCAGAGUCCAGCUUGAGGUCCCAGACGAGUGGUUGGACGCCAAAGAGCAGCUUCUCUUCGAAUGGGACUGCAACAACGAGGGCAUCGUGAUCGACCCGGAAACGCUGAUGCCGAAAACCGCGUUUUCCGGCGGAAACGAACGCGUCGAGUACCAUCUCCCCCGGGGCCAGAAACAUCACGCGUUCUAUAUCGAGUGCGGCAACAACGGCAUGUUCGGAUGUGGUUUCGGUUCCUCGCCGCCCGACGACAACCGGUACUUCCAUCUCGACAAGGCAGAUCUGGUGUGGCCCAAUUGGGAAGCUCGAGCCCUCCGGAUCGACUUUUGGAUGUUAACCGACGCGGCACGCGAACUUCCUGGUGACUCGUGGCAAAAACAUAAAGCUCGCCAAAUCGGCAACGCUGUCAUGAACAUGUUCGACCCUGAGGACGCUGCAAGUGUGGCAAAAUGCCGUAAUUUCGUUCACAAGGAAUAUUUCGACCAUUAUCCAGAUAGCUCUGAAGUCUAUCGAAAGGGUGACACCAACGUGAUUAACGACGUCGUUGCCAUGGGCAACUGUCAUAUCGAUACCGCGUGGCUUUGGCCCUUUGCCGAGACUCACCGGAAGAUCGUGCGGUCGUGGACUUCUCAAUGCACGCUAAUGGACAUGUAUCCGGAAUACCAAUUUGUCGCGUCGCAGGCACAGCAGUUCAAAUGGCUUCUCAACGAGCAUAAAAACUUCUUUAACGACGUUUUAAUCCCUAAGAUCCAGCAAUCUCAGUUUUUCCCCAUUGGUGGCUCGUGGGUGGAAAACGACACCAACAUCCCCUCCGGUGAAUCUCUAUGUCGUCAAUUUUUCUUGGGGCAGCGGUUUUUCCUCAAGCAUUUUGGGAUGAAAUCCGAUGUUUUCUGGCUUCCAGAUACGUUUGGAUAUUCUUCUCAGAUCCCUCAAAUUGCAAGGAUCUCAGGAAUUGAUAAGUUCUUGACCCAGAAGCUUUCCUGGAACAACAUCAACAAUUUCCCACAUACUACCUUUAACUGGGUCGGUAUCGAUGGGUCGCAGCUUUUGACGCAUAUGCCGCCUGGAAAUACUUACACAGCAAGUUCCCAUUUUGGAGACGUUUUGCGUUCGAAAAAGGGAAACAAGAACUCUGAUGUUUAUAGCUCAGGGCUCAUGCUAUAUGGAAAAGGUGAUGGUGGCGGUGGACCAACGAGUGAGAUGAUCGAAAAAAUGCGCCGUAUCAGAUCCAUGAACAACCGCAACGGUAAUGUUAUACCCAAGUUACACGUUGGGUCUACCGUUGACGAAUUUUAUGACGACAUUUUGAAGAAGACUAACAACGGCGAAGACUUACCAUCAUGGCUUGGGGAACUGUACUUCGAAUUCCACCGAGGCACAUAUACCACGCAAGCCGAAGUCAAGCGCUUGAUGAGAACAAGCGAGAUCAAAAUCCAUGACCUUGAAUGGCUUGCAACGAAGGCUUCUUUGCUUUACCCAGACGAUUAUGAAUACCCUGUUAAGAAGAUUAACGACUUGUGGGAAGACAUUCUUCUUUGCCAAUUCCACGAUGUUUUGCCCGGAUCAUGUAUCGAAUUAGUGUACAAGUACGAGGCCCGUCCAAUGUUGAGAAAGGCCAUCGAAAAGAUCGAAAAGUUGUUAGAGGAGGUCUUGGGAGUUUUGGAGAAAAAGGGCAAGAACGUUACCGCGGUUGGAACUCUUCAAUCAUUUGAACGCGGAACUGACGAGCGUAAGUCAAGAAACUCAAAUUCAUAUGUCUCUCUUGAGGAAGACGAAAUAUGUGUUAAAAUGGUUAGUGAAGAGUUGGAGGUUGUCAUCGACAAAUCUAAGGGUGUCAUAUCCUCAAUCAAGGACACUGGAAGGGACAUCGAAUAUCUAGAUUUGGAGAGCGGAAGAAACAAACUAGGCGCCAAUCAAUUUGUUUUAUUCGACGACAAGCCACUCGGCUGGCAAGCUUGGGAUACCGAGCUGUAUUCUGUUAACCAAUUCGAGUAUCUCACAGUCUUGGAAAAACUUUGCGUAACUGAAAAGUCGUCGGAGAAAUGCACAGUCCAAGCUGUGUUCAAAGUCAAAGGCGACUGUAAUAUUGUCACUUCUGUGACUCUGAAGCAGAAAACCCAAGCGCAAGACGAAGGCUUGAUUGAAAUUCAAACCACAGUCAACAACUGGAAUUUGAGAAACAAAUUUCUCAAAGUUGAGUUCCCAGUAAACAUUCGGAAUGAUUAUGCUUCGUAUGAGACUCAGUUCGGCAUCACGAAAAGACCCACUCACUACAAUACUUCUUGGGAUGUGGCUAAAUUUGAAGUGUGCCAUCACAAGUUUGCGGAUUACUCCGAAUUCAACAAAGGUGUGUCUGUGAUUAAUGACUGCAAGUAUGGGUUCUCCACUCACGGUAACUUGAUGCGUUUAUCAUUACUUCGUUCUCCCAAGGAGCCUGACGUCAAUGCCGACAUGGGAACUCAUACCAUGAGAUAUGCAAUUUUCCCUCACAAGGGAGCACUCUCCUGCAAUACCGUCCAUAAGGCGUUGCAAUUCAACUAUUGCCACACUUACAAAAUUCCAGAUUCUGUUGCUCAAGAUUUCGACGGUAUCAUCAAAAUCGAGGGCGAUCCAAAUGUGAUAUUGAGCAACAUUAAACGUGGUGAGGAUGACAAAGAGCUGGCCUCUGAGUAUUCAUCUAAACCAUGGGAUCAAAGGUCGAUGGUUGUCAGGGUAUAUGAAGCACUUGGUGGUGAAUCGUCUGCUACGCUGUCGACAGGUCUGCCAGCAAUAAGCGUAACGAAAAUUGAUAGUUUGGAGCUGGAGACAAGCUUGGAGCUAAGCUUAAGGACAAGAGCUGGCCUCAAGAACGACAAAAAGCAAACUGAGGUCGAUAUUAAGCUCAAGCCAUUUGAGAUUGCUACCUACAGAUUUGUCUUUUGA